AUGCCGCCUAAAGGUUCCCCAAAAGCAUCGAAGAAGAUGAUCAAGAAGUCAGGAAAGAAGCAAGGAGGAGAUAAGAGAAAGAGGAACAGGAAAAGGAAGGAAAGCUACAGCAUUUACAUCUACAAAGUCAUGAAGCAGGUUCACCCAGACACUGGUAUUUCAAGCAAAGCCAUGUCCAUCAUGAACUCCUUCGUGAACGAUGUCUUCGAGAGAAUUGCCUCAGAAGCCUCUCGUUUGGCUCACUACAACAAGAGAUCGACUAUUUCUUCUCGUGAAGUGCAGACUGCAGUUCGUCUUCUCCUUCCCGGUGAACUUGCUAAACACGCAGUUAGCGAAGGCACUAAAGCCGUCACCAAGUACACCAGCAGCAAGUAAACCAACAACAAAACAAAAGCAAAACGGUUCUUUUA